AUGGUGGUGCAGAAGGCACUGUGGUUGGAUCCCCAUGUGGGGGACAUUAUUCAGAUGUGGCAGGCACAGGCUAGCACGGCGAAUGGCACAGUGAAUGGCAUGGUGAAUGGCACUCCGAAUGGCACUCCGAAUGGCACUCCAAAUGGCACACCGGCUAGCCCAAUAGCAUGGCCGUUGGCCAGUGCAGAUGCCCAACUGGCCGAUAUCGAUGAGGGCUGUGAUAGUGCCAGUCCCACACGCUCCACCCCCACCACGGUGCACGAUCGCCCGUCAUUUCAUGACCAUGUGCAGCAGAUGGUCAGCCGCUUCAUGAUCCGUGGCACCCAUGGGCCCAUGCAGACAUUGCUCGACUGGCGCACAUAUGGGUUGAAGAUCCAUUACAAUAGCACGGCGCCGGGCCAUGUGGCGUGGAUGGGAGCCGAUGAGCUGUUGUACAAGGAUCUGCAUUUCACGAUGGGUGAAUUCCGUGGGUUCAUCCACAGGCUGGUUGGGGCCACACGGGAGCUGCUGUGUGAACUAUUAUGUAUUGCCGAUGGUUCCAGCAGCGCCCACACCCCAAGCACCAUGCCGCUGCCCGCCAUCCCGUGGCAGGGCUUGUAUGAUGAUCCCACCCAGGGGCACCCGGGCUGGAACUUUUUGCAUGAUCGCCGGACCCGAGCGCCCCGUGCAGCAGCAAUUCAUGCGCCGGGGGCGAUCCACGGCCCAUUGGUGGCACAGUAUCUGGCCCGGGUGGCCCGGUUCAAGGAGAAACUGGCUGUGGCCAUCCAUAUGACGGCGGGGCAGCCGGCACGGGCCCCCGAGCUGCUCAGUGUGCAGUAUGUCAACACGCCGAACAACCAAUUCCGCAAUGUGUUCAUUGAGGAUGGGAUGGUGACACUGGUGACUGCAUACCACAAGGGCUUCCAUGCGAGCAACGACAGCAAGCUGAUCCACCGGUAUGUGCCACGGGCGGUCGGGGAGUUGGUGGUGUGGUAUAUGUGGCUGGCGAUGCCAUUCAUUGACCAGUUGACAGCGUGGCAGGCCGGCACUGCGCAUGGCACGGUGAAUGGCACAUCGAAUGGUAUGUCAAAUGGCACAUCGAACGGCACAUGGAAUGGUAUGUCGAAUGGCACAUCGAAUGGUAUGUCGAAUGGCACAUCGAACGGCACAUUGAAUGGCACACGAGCCGGCACGGUGAAUGGCACGGUGAAUGGUACAGUGAAUGGCAUGUCGAACGGCACAUCGAACGGCACAUUGAACAGCACAUUGAACAGCACAUGGAAUGGCACACAAGCCGGCACAUUGAAUGGCACACUGAAUGGCACGGCGAACGGCAUACUGAAUGGCACACUGAUUGGCACACAAGCCGGCACGGCGAAUGGCACACGAGCCAGCACGGUGAAUGGCACAUCAAACAGCACAUUGAACGGCACAUGGAAUGGCACACGAGCCGGCACGGUCAAUGGCACACUGAAUGGCAGGGCGAACGGCACACUGAAUGGCACAUCAAACGGCACAGCAAAUGGCAUAUCAAACGACACACUGAAUGGCACAUCGAACAGCACAUUGAAUGGCACACGAGCCGGCACGGUGAAUGGCACGGUGAAUGGUACAGUGAAUGGCAUGUCGAACGGCACAUCGAACGGCACAUUGAACAGCACAUUGAACAGCACAUGGAAUGGCACACAAGCCGGCACAUUGAAUGGCACACUGAAUGGCACGGCGAACGGCAUACUGAAUGGCACACUGAUUGGCACACAAGCCGGCACGGCGAAUGGCACACGAGCCAGCACGGUGAAUGGCACAUCAAACAGCACAUUGAACGGCACAUGGAAUGGCACACGAGCCGGCACGGUCAAUGGCACACUGAAUGGCAGGGCGAACGGCACACUGAAUGGCACAUCAAACGGCACAGCAAAUGGCAUAUCAAACGACACACUGAAUGGCACAUCGAACAGCACAUUGAACGGCACAUCGAACAGCAUGUUGAACGGCACAACAAACAGCAUACCGAUUGGCACAUUGAACGGCACAUCGAAUGGCACAUGGAAUGGCACACGAGCUGGCACAGUGAAUGGCACAUCGAACAGCACAUUGAACGGCACAUGGAAUGGCACACCAAAUGGUACGGUGAAUGGCAUGUUGAAUGGUAGACUGAACGGCACAUCAAACAGCACAUCGAACAGCACACCGAUUGGCACACCGAUUGGCACACAGGCCGGCACAUCAAACAGCACAUUGAAUGGCACAUUGAACAGCACAUUGAACGGCACAUGGAAUGGCACACAAGCCGGCACAUUGAAUGGCACACUGAAUGGCACGGCGAACGGCACACUGAAUGGCACAUUGAUUGGCACGUCGAACGGCACACCGGCAUGGCAGCCCCCCAGCCCAUAUUUAUGGGGCCCCGACCCGGGCAUGCAGCGGCCAUGGACCCCCGAGCGAUUCCGGGAGGUGUUGAAGCGGGAGACCCAGGCCCGGCUCGGCCAGGCAUUGAAUAUUCCGGCGUACCGGGACAUUGCCAUUGGCAUCAGCCGGCGGUUCCUGCGGGCAUCCAGCACAUUCACCAGUGACCGCCAGGAUGAAACGGAGCAGGCGGCGGCAUUGGAUGCUGACUGUGAGGACGGCAUGGAUGCGGACCAGUGGAUGGCGCAUAUGACGGAUUUACAGGCGGGCCAUUCAUCGCACGUGGCGGGGAUGGUAUAUGGGCGGCAGCUGAUGGAGCAGGCGGGCACAACAAGCCACCGGCGGGCAAUGUUCCGGCAGUCCAGUGUGGAUUGGCACCAGUUUCUGGGGUUCGGCUGCGGCACGGGGGUUCCAGGAGAUGUCCAUGCCGACAUUGAUGCCGGUGGGCUUCGGGCUGGCUUGGUGGAUGAAGGCAGCUGUCCAAGCCGCCGUCCCGGUCAGGAACAGGUUAGGGCUCGCUUGGUGGAUGAUCCCGGUCAGGAAUGGGUUAGGGCUUGCUUGGUGGAUGAUCCCGGUCAGGAAUGGGUUAGGGCUUGCUUGGUGAAUGAUCCCGGUCAGGAACGGGUUAGGGCUCGCUUGGUGAGUGAUCCCAGUCAGGAAGGGGUUAGGGCUCGCUUGGUGGAUGAAGGCAACCGUCCAAUUCACCAUCCCGGUCAGGAACGGGUUAGGGCUCGCUUGGUGGAUGAAGGUAGCUGUCCAAUUCACCAUCCCGGUCAGGAACGGGUUAGGGCUUGCUUGGUGAAUGAUCCCGGUCAGGAACGGGUUAGGGCUCGCCCCGUGCUUGGGAAACGCAAGCGGGCCCCAUGGCAGGUGGAGGCUGAGGAGCACCACAUGGAGCGGCGCCACCAGCUGCAGACCAUGGACAUGGCCGCUGCGCUGCAGCAGAUGACCGGUCAGGCCGGCAUGCAGUUCCAGGGCAUCCAGGCACCCGCCAUGGCGGCGAUCCAGCAGGGCAAGAGCCCCGUGGUGGCAGUCAUGCCCACCGGCGGUGGGAAAAGCAUGUUAUUCAUGUUGCCCGCGUGGGCCGUCCCCGGGGGCACCACCAUUGUGGUGGUGCCAUUGAUCUCGCUGCGGCAGGAUAUGCAGCAGCGGUGCCGGCGGCUAGGCAUCCCAUGUAUGGCAUGGGACCGGCAGCAGCCAUGUGAUGAAGCAGCCAUUGUGCUGGUCACACCGGAAUCGGCUGUCACCCCCGAUUUCCAUUCAUUCAUCAACCGGUUGGUGGUGAUGCAGCGGCUGGACCGGGUGGUGAUUGAUGAAUGCCAUGUCAUUAUGAACCAGCAGAAGAACUUCCGGUCCGCCAUGGCACAGCUUGGGAAGCUCGUUCGGGCCCGUACACAGAUGGUGUUUUUAACGGCCACAUUGCCCCCGAGAUGGAACCGGAGUUCAGCCAGCGCAUUCACCACCCACAGGAUCAGAUCGAUAUAUAUCGGGCCCGCACGAGCCGCGGCAAUGUGGCAUAUGGGGUGUGGCGGCCACCGAUUCCACACACUGCACCACAUGGAUAUGGAUGGGAGCAGGAUGCCCGGAUUAUUCAGUUCCUGCAGGCGCAGCUCCAGUGGGCCCGGGCCCGGGGGAAGAUGGUGA